GCGGCCGGUUUCCGUGGCAACAGGAAAGCGCGGGAAUUACAGAUAAAUUGAAAGUGCGACUGCGCGGGGUGAUCUCGCUAAGGCUUUGUGGAUAGAGGGCGGUCCGGGGGUCUUUCAGACAACUGGGCCCCUGGACCCGGGAAGCCCCGACGCUUUGCUUUGGGUGAAGGAAGAAAUGGAUUUACCUGCGGAUCGUGUUGAAGAAGUACAAGAUGUCCUCAAUGCUAUGCAGAAAAUCUUGGAGUGUCCAAUCUGUCUGGAGUUGAUCAAAGAGCCUGUUUCCACGAAGUGUGAUCACAUAUUUUGCAAAUUUUGUAUGCUGAAACUUCUCAACCAGAGGAAAGGACCUUCACAAUGUCCUUUGUGUAAGAACAAUAUAACCAAAAGAAGCCUACAAGAAAGUACAAGAUUUAGUCAACUUGUUGAAGAGCUGUUGAAAAUCAUUCAUGCUUUUGAGCUGGACACAGGAUUGCAGUUUGUAAACAGCUAUAAUUUUUCAAAAGAAAAUAACUCUCCCGACCAUCUAAAGGAGGAAGUUUCUAUUAUCCAAAGUAUGGGCUAUCGAAACCGUGCCAAAAGACUUCGACAGAGUGAACCUGAAAACCCUACCUUGCAGGAAACCAGUCUUAGUGUCCACCUCUCUGACCUUGGAAUUGUGAGAUCUCUGAGGACAAAGCAGCAGAUACAGCCUCAGAAUAAGUCUGUCUACAUUGAAUUGGGAUCUGAUUCUUCUGAAGAUACAGUUAAUAAGGCAAGUUAUUGCAGUGUGGGAGACGACGAGUUGUUACAAAUCACCCCUCAAGGAGCCAGGGCUGAAGCCAGUUUGAAUCCUGCAAAAAAGGCUGCUUGUGAAAUUUCUGAGGACAUAACAAAUAUUGAAUAUCAUCAAUCUGGUAAUAAAGAUUUGACCACCACUGAGAAGCAUGCAACUGAGAAGCAUCCAGAAAAGUAUCAGGGUAUUUCUGUUUCAAACUUGCAUGUGGAGCCAUGUGGCACAAAUACUCAUGCCAGCUCAUUACAGCAUGAGAACAGCAGUUUAUUACUCACUAAAGACAGAAUGAAUGUAGAAAAGGCUGAAGUCUGUAAUAAAAGCAAACAGCUUGGCUUAGCAAGGAGCCAACAGAGCAGAUGGGCUGAAAGUAAGGAAACAUGUAAUGAUAGGCAGACUCCCAGCACAGAGAAAAAGGUACUUCUGAAUGCUGAUCCCCUGCAUGGGAGAAAAAAACCGAGGAAGCAGAAACCUGCAUGCUCUGACUGUCCUAGAGAUUCUCAAGAUGUUCCUUGGAUAACACUGAAUAGUAGCAUACAGAAAGUUAAUGAGUGGUUUUUCAGAAGUGAUGAAAUGUUAACUUCUGAUGACUCACAUGACGGGGGAUCUGAAUCGAAUACUGAAGUAGCUGGUGCAGUAGAAGUUCCAAAUGAAGUGGACGGAUAUUCUGGUUCUUCUGAGAAAGUAGAUUUAAUGGCCAGUGAUCCUCAGGAUGCUUUGAUACGUGGAAGUGAAAGAGUCCACCCCAAGUCAGUAGAGAGUAAUAUCGAAGAUAAAAUAUUUGGGAAAACCUACCGGAGGAAGGCGAGCCUCCCUAGCCACACGAAUGAAGAUCUAAUUAUAGGAGUGCGUGCUAUUGAGCCUCAGACAACGCGAGCCCAUCCCCUCACAAAUAAAGCAAAGUGUAAAAGGAGAACUACGUCAGGCCUUCUUCCUGAGGAUUUUAUCAAGAAAGUAGAUUUGGCCGUUGUUCCAAAGACUCCUGAAAAGCUAGUUGAGGGAACCAACCAAAUCGCGCGAAAUGGUCACUUGAUGAAUAUUACAAAUAACGGUCCUGAGAAUGAAGCAAAAGGUGAUUAUGUUCAGAAUGAGAAAAAUGCUAACCCAACAGAAUCAUUGGAAAAAGAAUCUGCUUUUAGAAGCAAAGCUGAACCGAUAAGCAGCAGUAUAAGCAAUAUGGAACUGGAAUUAAAUAGCUGCUGUUCGAAAGCCUCUAAGAAGAACAGACUGAGGAGGAAGUCCUCCACCAGGCACGCUUGUGCGCUUGAAUUCGUAGUCAAUAGAAAUCCAAGCCCGCCUGAUCAUAGCGAACUACAGAUCGAUAGUUGUUCUAGCAGUGAAGAGAUGAAGAAACAGCAUUUGGACCGAAUGCCAGUCAGACACAGCAAAACGCUUCAGCUCAUGGAAGGUAAAGAACCUGCAACUGGAGCCAGGAGGGGCAGUAAGCCAGGUGAACAGAUAAAUAAGAGACUUGCCAGUCAUGCUUUCCCAGAGCUAAAUUUGACAAGUGUACCUGGUUUUUCCGCUAACUGUUCAAGUUCUAAUAAACCUCAAGAGUUUGUCAACCCUGGCCUUCAAAGAGAAGAAAUAGAAGAGAGCCUAGGAAGAAUUCGAGUGUCUGAUAGCACCAGAGAUCCCAAAGAGCUGCUCUUGGGUGGAGGAAGAGGUUUGCAAACUGAAAGAUCUGUGGAGAGUAUCCAUAUUUCACUGGUACCUGAUACUGAUUACGGCACUCAGGACAGUAUCUCGUUACUGGAAGCUGACACCCUAAGGAAGGCAAAAACAGCACCAAAUCGACGUGCGAAUCUGUGCGCAGCAACUGAAAACCCCAAGGAACCUAUCCACGGUUGUUCUAAAGAUACUAGAAAUGACACAGAGGGUUUUGCAGAUCCACUGACAUGUGAAGAUAACCACACUCAGGAGACAAGAAUAGCAAUGGAAGAGAGUGAACUUGACACACAGUAUUUAUACAACACGUUCAAGGUUUCAAAGCGUCAGUCAUUUGCUCUGUUUUCAAAUCCAGGAGAUCCAGAAAAGGACUGUGCAAUGGUCUGUGCCCACUCCGGGGCCUUAAGGAAACAAAGUCCAAAAGUCACUCUUGAAGGUGGACAAAAAGAAGAAAAUCAGGGAAAGAAAGAGUCUGAAAUCAAGCAUGUGCAGGCAGUUCAUGCAACUGCAGGCUUUUCUGCAGUGAGUCAGCAAGCUAAGAAGCCAGGUGAUUAUGCCAAAUGUAGCAUAAAAGGAGGCGCUAAGCUUUGUCCGUCAUCUCCGUUCAGAGGCAAGGAAACGGAACUCCUUAUUGCAAAUAACCGUGGAAUUUCCCACAACCCUUAUCAUAUACCACCACUUUCUCCCAUCAGAUCAUAUGUUAAAACUCUAUGUAAGAAAAACCCGUCAGAGGAAAGGUUUGAGCAGCAUUCAAUGUCACCCGAAAGAGCAAUGGGAAAUGAGAGCGUCAUUCAAAGUACAGUGAGCACAAUUAGCCAAAAUAACAUUAGAGAAAGCACUUUGAAGGAAGUCAGCUCAAGCAGUGUUAAUGAAGUAGGUUCCAGUACUAAUGAAGCAGGCUCUAGCAUUAAUGAAGUGGGUUCCAGUGGUGAAAACGUUCAGGCAGAACUAGGUAGACACCGAGGACCUAAAGUAAACGCUAUGCUCAGAUUAGGUCUUAUGCAACCUGAAGUCUAUAAGCAAAGCCCUCCUGUAAGUAAUUGUAAACAUCCGGAAAUGAAAAGGCAAGGAGAAAACGAAGGCGUAGUUCUGUCUGUUAAUGCAGAUUUCUCUCCAUGUCUAAUUUCAGAUAACCCCGAACAACCGAUGGGAAGCACUCACGCUUCUCAGGUUUGUUCGGAGACACCUGAUGACCUAUUAAAUGGUGACAAAAUAAAGGGAAAAAGCAGCUUUGCCGAAAGUGACAUUAGGGAAAGAUCUGCUGUUUUUAGCAAAAGUGUCCAGAAAGGAGCCUUCGGAAGGAGCCAUUUAGACGAAACACAUUUGGCCCAGGGUCACCAAAGAGGGGCCAGGAAAUUAGAGUCCUCAGAAGAGAACACAUCCAGUGAAGAGGAAGAGCUUCCGUGCUUCCAACACUUACUAUUUGGUAAAGUAACCAACACACCUUCUCAGCCUACCAGUCACAAUGCUGUUGCCACAGAGGGUCUGUCUAAGAAAACAGAGGAGAACCUAGACUCACGGAAGAAUAGUUUAAGUGACCUCAGUAACCAGGGACCAUCAGCAAAGGCAUCCCAGGAACAUUAUCUUAGUGAGGAGGCAAGGUGUUCUGGGAGCUUAUUUUCUUCACAGCACAGUGCAUUGGAAGACUUGAUAGUUACUACAAAUAGCCAGGAUCCUUUCUUGAUGUUCGAUUCCCCUUCCAAACAAGUGAGGCAUCAGUCUGAAAACCUGGAUGUUCUGAGCGACAAGGAAUUGGUUUCAGAUGAUGAUGAUGAAAGGGAACUUGGCCUGGACGAAGAUAAUCACGAAGAACAGAGUGUGGAUUCAGACUUAGGUGAAGCGGCAUCCGGGUAUGAGAGUGAAACGAGCCUCUCCGAAGACUGUUCAGGGUUGUCCUCUCAGAGUGAUAUUUUAACCACUCAGCAGAGGGAUACCAUGCAAGAUAACCUGAUAAAGCUCCAGCAGGAAAUGGCCGAACUGGAAGCCGUGUUAGAGCAGCACGGGAGCCAGCCUUCUCGCAGCUCCCCUUCCCUCCUAGCAGGUUCUGGUGCCCCAGAGGAUCUGCUAAAUCCGGAACAAAACACAUCAGGAAAAGCAGUAUUAACUUCAGAGAAAAGUAGUGACUAUCCUAUAAGCCAGAAUCCCGAAAGCCUUUCUGCUGACAAAUUUCAAGUAUCUCUGGAUAGUUCCACCAGUAAAAAUAAAGAACCAGGAACAAGAAGGUCUUCCCCUUCUCCAUCCCGGUUGUUAGAUACCAGGUGGUAUGUGCACAGCGGCCCAAGGAAUCUUCAGAACAGAAACUGCCCGUCUCAAAAGGAGCUCAUUAAGGUCGUCAGUGUGGAGGAACAAGCACCGACUAAGUCAGAGGCGCAAGAGGUCGUGGAGCAGUCUUUGCCAAGACCAGAUCUGGAGGGAACCCCUUACCUCGAGUCUGGAAUCAGCCUCUUCUCUGAUGACCCUGAGUCUGAUCCCUCUGCAGACAGAGCCCCAGAGCCAGCUCAUGUUAGCAGCAUGCCAACUUCAACCUCUGCUUUGAAAUUACCCCAAUUUCAAGUUGAAGAAUCAGCCAAGAGUACAGCUGCUGUCCAUGUUGCUAAUACUGCUGGGUAUAAUAAGAGGGAAGACACUGUGGGCAGGGAGAAGCCAGAAGUUAUAUCUUCAGUAAAAAAAAUCAACGGAGCAAUAUCUAUGGUGGCAUCAGGCUUAACCCCAAAAGAAUUUAUGCUUGUGCAGAAGUUUGCCAAAAAACACCACAUUGCUUUAACGAAUCAAAUUUCUGAAGAGACUACUCACGUCAUCAUGAAAACAGAUGCUGAGUUUGUGUGCGAACGGACGCUGAAAUAUUUUCUGGGUAUCGCAGGAGGAAAAUGGGUAGUUAGCUAUUUCUGGGUGACCCAGUCUAUUAAAGAAAGAAAGAUACUAGAUGAGCAUGAUUUUGAAGUCAGAGGAGAUGUUGUGAAUGGAAGAAACCACCAAGGUCCGAAGCGAGCAAGAGAAUCCCAGGACAGAAAGGUCGUACUGUAGCAGAUGAUGGAGCCAAAGCGAUGUCACCCUCUCAGGGAGAAGUCCGGGCAAGAUUUCACACCUGCCUGUCGGGCCUGAGCUGGCUGCUCUCUCAGCUCACUGACCGAGUGCUUAACGUGCCUAGUGUGCGUUUCUUCCUUUUUUUAAAUGUGGACCACUGGGCCUUUCCGAACAGUCCCAUACGGAGCACCAUCUGUCCCUUUAUAGAACUGGAGCAAGAACCAGCAGAGGUGAUUUUCUAGAGAAGACUGCUUGGGCAGGGCUCUGAACCCUUGGGGUCAGCCCACCCCCACCCUCUGAGCCUAUCAAGGAACUUCCAGAUGCCAAGAAAAGCUGCUGGCGCUGUUUCUGCUUCUGCCGUCACCCCAGGGGAGUUCUGUGGGAGCCAGUCAUUUGUUUGUAUUUCCCUGCGUGCAAGGCAGAAUUAGCACCAGAUUCUUCCUCCUUCAAAGGAAAUUCCAGUGUUUGGGGAUUUUUCCUGAUUUUGGGAUGGCAAUGAUGGAAGGUGCCUGGUCACAGUAGUGACAUUCUGAAGAUACUCAAUGUCGCCAUAGUGUUUUCCUGUGGGAGAGGAAUGUGUCUGUAGAACCGAAACUUCAAAUUUCUUAUCUCAUAACUAGACAUCCUCAUCAGUGAGUGUCAGCUUGGAUAUAAAAAUUCCUAAUCUUUUGUACUUUUCACGGCACAAUUUGGCUCCAGCCAGGCGCCUGGGGAGAGCUUUCAACAUUAUGAGCAGCUAGGUCCUGUCAGCAGGUUGGGAUGCCGUUUCUUCAUACAGAUACUAAGAGUGGCAUAUGCGGACGCUGUCACAACAGAAACAGACUUGUCCUGCUGCUCUUUUUGUUAUGUUUUGUUUUGUUUAAAGACUUCGCUUAUUUAUUUUGAGAGAGAGAUAGCGAGAGAGAGCAGGAAAGGGGAGGAGAGGCAGAAGCAGGCUCCCCGCCAAGCAGGUAGCCCGAUGCGGGUUUCGAUCCCAGGACCCCGGGACCACAACCUGAGCCGAAGGUAGACGCUUAACCAGCUGAGCCCCCCAGGUGCCCCGACCUGCUGCUGUUUCUUAUUCCUGUGGCUGUAGCUGAGAUGAGAGUGGAGAGGCUCAUUUCCUGAAGGCCAUCGUGAGUUUUUAGCUCCUGAUUUUUCUGUACCCCGGUUUCUCUUAUUUGAGAGGAGGUGAGUUCCAGGCCUAGGCAGGUUUCUUUUUUGUGGAAUGGGGAGGGUCAAGAGAUAUCAUUUGGUUACCCAAAUGAUAUCCAUCCAGCCAACUGACACAACUUCAGAUUUCUUCUAAAUGAUUAACCUAGCGGGGCGCCCGGGUGGCGUAGUCGUUUAAACCUCCAGCUCUUGGUUUCAGCUCAGGUCAUGAUCUCAUGGGUUGUGGGAUCAACCUCACGUUGGGCUCUGCACUCAGCAGGGAGUCUGCUUGAGGGGUUUUCUCUCCCUCUGCCCCUCCCCCCACUGGUGCUUGCGCAGUGCGCACGCUCUCUCUCUUUCUCUCAAAUAAAUAAGUAAAUCUUUAAAUAAAAAAUAAAUGAUACUCUAGUGCUUGCCUAAGAACCUGUGCCAAUGUAUGUAUAAGAAUCCGCCUGUCAGAUGAGCCACACGAGGCUGUUUAAAUUCUAGAUAACUAAAUUAAAUAAAAUAUGAAGUUUAGUUCCUCACUCACCGUAACCACAUUUCAAGAGCUUGGUAGCUACACGCAACUUGUGGCCACCUUAUUAACACAAAUAUAGAACAUUUCCAUCAUCAUAGCAAGUUCUUUUGUUUUUUAAAGUUUAUUUCCUUAUUUAAGUAAUCUCUACACCCAACAUGGGACUCAAACCCACGACCCCGAGAUCAAGAGUCACAUGCUCCACCGACUGAGCCAGCCAGGCGCCCUCAGAAAGUUCUUGUGGACGGUGCUAGUGAGCACUGUAUGUAAGUGGAAGAGGCACGUCGGGGGUGCAGGAUAAUCUGUGUCUCCCGGAAAGCAGGCAGUCAGGUCAGCUCAAUGAGGAGAGGCAGAGCCAGACUUGACUGCCAGAUUAGAUUAACUUGUAGAUAAAGAAAUGGUUUUGGGGGCACUGGGUGGCUCAGUCGAUUGAACGUCUGCCUUCAGCUCAGGUCAUGAUCCCCGGGUCCUGGGAUCGAGCCCACAUCGCGCUCUCUGUUCAGCAGGGAGUCUGCUUCUUCCUCUCCCUCUGCCCUCCCCUCCUGCUCUCUCUCUCAAAUAAAUAAAUAAAAUCUUAAAAGAAAAAGAAAAAGAAAGAAGAACCAUUUUGGUUGCCGGAAGGAACAAUGGCCAUUCUCAGAGCAGUGUGAAGGUAGGAACAGAUGGUCGGAGGCCAGAAGAAAGUCAGAGGAGGAAAGGAGCACGUAAAAUCAACAUAGACUUCUCUGCCAGUUAGGGUGCUGGUUAGCCUUGAUGUACCAAGUCUAGAAAAACAAACUGCAGCUUACAGCUUGAAUUUCUUGCCAUCCAAGCCUUUUCUUAACUAUAAAGAGGGCUCGUUUUUCUUUUGUCUCAACAAGAAGUGAAGUCACCAGGAAGGAGCCUGGGCCUGACUGGUGGCAAAGCAGGAUGCUGAGCCUCUGACUACCAAAGAAUGGCUGUAGCGUGGAUGCACUCCACACACGCUUUUUUUUAGAAGUCUUCUAAAAUCCGUCAGUGUUCUGACAUUGGACUCAUGGUCUCUGGGAAGUGGCAGAAAUGAUCAGGUGGUAAAGAAAAAAGAAAGUCCUUCGUUUUGGAGCGUCUGUUUGUAUUGUUUUUUAUAAAAUGCAUACUCUUUUAUAAUCAGUGUUUCUCUCUCUCCAUCCC